CUUCAAAAACAAAAAAACAAACAAACAAAUAUUUUAGAUCCAAUUCACUUUUAUUGAAUCUAAGUCUCAAUUAUAUAAUUGUUGAAUUUAUUUCAUCAGAGAAUAUUUUUGACAUAAAUAAUUAGUCUAAACUUUGAAAUAUACUCUACUAUCAGUGGUUCCAUUGAAUAAAUAUAUUAUUUACAAAAUAUUCAACUAAUAUGAUUAACUGUUGGUUUCAACCCUUCUGUUGUUUGAUUGUUGGAUUUCUAAUAUUAACCAGUUAUAUUAAUUGCAUGGACUCUAAUGAUGAUCUUUCAGAUAUCAGUGCCGAUAAACGCUUUCUGUUAGCUUUACCAACACCUAAAAGGUUAAGCCAACCUUCAUAUACAUUUAACCGUUACAGACGUCCUAUGUAUGGCUAUGGCUAUAGACCAGAUUAUAUUGAUUCUGAUGAAGAUUUAGUCAAUGAAGAUAAAAGAUUUCUACUUGGUCUACCGCCUAAAGUUGAAUAUAAACGUUUCCUACUUGGUUUACCACCAUCACAUAGACAACAUAAAAGGUUCAUUUUAGGUCUACCAGCACCAACUAGAUUUCAUUCAUAAACGAAGAUAGUUUUAAACAGGUGAAUGUCUACACACAUAUGCAAACAAAAAAUGUUACCAUACAUCUAUUUAUUCAUUAUUUAACAUGUCUGAAUAAUAAAUUAUAAAGAUGAA